AAGAAAAAAUGGGUCAGGAUUUGGAUGGGCGCCUCAAUAAAAAAUAUAGAAAUUAAUUAGAAAUAGAUUUCUGAUUUCUGUCUUUACUUCACACUAGCGUCUAUCUGCCGCACUCACUCUCUCUCUGCUGUCCGACGGUCGUCGCCGCCCACGCCUCCUCCGGUGGCCCGUGGCCACGGCCUCGCCGCCUCGGACCUCUCCGUCCAAGUGCUGCAAGUGUCAAGCAGCCAGCACAGCAGCAGUGCGCGACUGCACCGCGGCGCCGCCCUCACCUAUCCUUCCCCGUCGCCCCGCCCCGCGUCCUUCGGCCUCGGUGCCUCCGUCCGGCGACACCGCAGCAGAAGCAGUUUCCAACGCUCAAGUUCCCAACAACAGGGUAUGAGACUUGAUAUAAAAUGAGCCAACAAGGAAAACAUAGAAUCUUAAUGGUAUCUGACUUUUUCUACCCCAACUUCGGUGGUGUAGAGAAUCACAUUUAUUAUCUAUCACAAUGUUUGAUGAAACUUGGCCACAAGGUGAUAGUUAUGACCCAUGCUUACGGAAAUCGUUCUGGAGUGCGAUACAUGACUGGUGGUUUGAAAGUUUAUUACGUUCCGUGGAAGCCGUUUCUAAUGCAGAAUACACUUCCUACAUUUUAUGGAACACUUCCAAUCAUAAGAACAAUAUUGAUUCGAGAAAGGAUAACAUUAGUGCACGGACACCAAGCCUUUUCAACUCUAUGUCAUGAAGCUCUGAUGCAUGCACGCACGAUGGGAUUCAAAGUUGUAUUUACUGAUCAUUCCCUUUAUGGUUUUGCUGAUGUGGGAAGUAUUCACAUGAACAAGGUUUUGCAAUUUACACUAGCAGAUGUCAGCCAGGCUAUAUGUGUAUCUCAUACGAGUAAGGAAAAUACAGUGUUGAGGUCUGGACUGCCACCUGAAAGGGUUUUUGUUAUUCCAAAUGCUGUGGAUACGGCAAUGUUCAAGCCUGCAACAGUGCGACUCAGCAAUCAUGAAAUUGUUAUUGUUGUGAUAAGUCGGUUGGUCUACCGAAAAGGGGCUGAUCUACUCGUUGAAGUCAUCCCUGAAGUUUGUCGUUUGCAUCAAAAUGUAAGGUUCAUAAUCGGUGGCGAUGGACCUAAAAGAGUGCGGUUGGAAGAGAUGAGGGAAAAGCACUCUCUUCAAGAUCGGGUUGAUAUGUUGGGUGCUGUCCCGCAUUCUAAAGUACAGUCGGUUUUGGUUACAGGACAUAUCUUCUUAAACAGUUCCUUAACAGAAGCAUUCUGUAUUGCAAUAUUGGAAGCAGCUAGUUGUGGAUUGUUGACUGUCAGUACACGCGUGGGUGGUGUCCCAGAGGUUCUUCCUGAUGACAUUAUUGUUCUUGCGGAGCCAGAUCCAAAUGACAUGGUAAUGGCAAUCACAAAAGCAAUAGAUUUGCUUCCCCAGAUCAAUCCAGAAGAAAUGCACAAUCGUAUAAAGAAACUAUACAGUUGGCAUGAUGUUGCCAAAAGGACUGAGAUUGUAUACGGUCGUGCUCUUGAAUGCUCCAAUCAGUCUCUCAUAGAUCGUUUACCCAGGUACCUAUCUUGUGGUGCAUGGGCAGGCAAGCUCUUCUGCUUGGUCAUGAUAAUCGAUUUUCUGUUAUUGCGUCUACUCCAGCUGUGGCAGCCUGACAGGAACAUCGAGGUUGUGCCCGACAUUAAUCUCACAAGUCCUCAUGGUGGAGAAGAGAAGUGGGAUUUGGGUGCAGAUGAGAAAUAGAGGUAUUCACUGGUAAGAACAAAGUAAGCACAUUUUCUUUUUUCUUUUCCUUCUUUUUCUCCUUCCAUUUUGGAUAUUGGGAUAGAAUACUGGUAGGUAAUCACUGCUGCCAUUUGAGCACUUUUUUGGCUCAAAUUAUUGUUAAUUUGAAAUGCUUGUGCGUAGUUUUAGAAAUUACAAUACCAUUUAUUUAUCCUAAGUGUUUUGGAAGAUAAAUUUCUGGUAUGAAUUAUUAUGUUCUUUUAUAUUA